CACCAUGCCCAACUUCGCUGGCACCUGGAAGAUGCGCAGCAGUGAGAAUUUCGACGAGCUACUCAAGGCUUUGGGUGUGAACGCCAUGCUGAGGAAGGUGGCGGUGGCAGCUGCGUCCAAGCCGCACGUGGAGAUCCGCCAGGACGGGGAUCAAUUCUAUAUCAAGACAUCCACCACGGUGCGCACUACGGAGAUCAACUUCAAGGUCGGAGAAAGCUUCGAGGAGGAAACCGUGGACGGACGCAAGUGCAGGAGUUUAGCCACUUGGGAGAAUGAGAACAAGAUCCACUGCACACAAACGCUUCUCGAGGGGGACGGCCCCAAAACCUACUGGACCCGAGAGCUGGCCAACAACGAGCUCAUCCUGACGUUCGGCGCCGAUGAUGUGGUCUGCACGAGAAUUUACGUUCGAGAGUGAAGGGCAGCCGGCCCGCUGCGACUUGAGGGGUGGGCUGUGGGCUCACCGGAGGAAUAUGUCACAGGCCCAAGCUACCAGUGGACCCCUCUUUCCUCCAUGGACAUUAGAUCUCCCCUGAUCAUGUUGUAGUGUCCCCAUCCUGCCUUUAUGCCCGUCCUGUCCCUGGUGCUCUGUAGUUUGGCAUUUGCAUGGUUUCCUCCGUCAUUAAACUGGAUGGACACGU